CCAGUAAAGGGGGACAGUGGAAGGGUGUGUUUGCAAUUCAAAUCCUUGGCUUUCUGCCUGCAUCUUUUCCAAAUAAGAAGGCAGGAGCUGCUGUGAGGUGCAAAGGGGUCUUCAGAACUGCAGUGGCAAUAAGAUCCAGAGAUCCUCCCUCCUGUCUCUUUUAUCUGUCUUCAAAGCAAAAGGAAAGGGCAAGGAUGGUGGAGGCUUUCUGUGCUACCUGGAAGCUGACGGACAGCCAGAACUUUGAUGAAUACAUGAAGGCGCUAGGUGUGGGCUUUGCCACUAGGCAGGUGGGAAAUGUGACUAAACCAACAGUGAUCGUCAGUCAGGAGGGGGACAAAGUGGUCAUCAGGACACAAAGCACAUUCAAAAACACAGAGAUUAGUUUCCAUCUGGGAGAAGAGUUUGAUGAAACCACUGCAGAUGACAGAAACUGUAAGUCUGUUGUUAGCCUGGAUGGAGACAAACUUGUUCAUGUACAGAAAUGGGAUGGCAAAGAAACAAAUUUCGUAAGAGAAAUUAAGGAUGGCAAAAUGGUUAUGACUCUCACUUUUGGUGAUGUGGUUGCUGUUCGCCACUAUGAGAAGGCAUAGAAAGGUUCCUGAUCUGGGGUUCGAAAAGCUCUACAAUUUUUCUAUUUACUCAAGUCUCAGUGUUAUGGGACUGAUCACGAAUUAAAAGGUUAUCUUUGUUGUGGAGGUGGAAAAUGGUGCUUUAAAAACUUGUUUUAAAACUUUUUACUGCAAAUAGCCCAAUUUUGAUCUGCAGAUUUAUCAUGUUUUAUAAUUCACAUUAAGAUGUUAAGUCACAUUUUUAAAAUAAAGAAGUAAAUGCAUUUUAUAAUUUCCAUUGAAAAGUAAAUCAGAUUCAAAUAAAUAUUGUAUACCCAU